CAAUAAAAAAUUAUAGAUAAGACGGAGACGUAUCAGUGGCCGGGGGUGGAGCGCCGGAGGUGGAGGAGGAUUAGAAGGCAGGGUCGUGUGGUUUGUUUUAAAUCUCGUAUGUACCGGUUCGGUUGACUUAUUUCAAGGAUUGCGGGUUGAAUACUAAAAACUAUCAGGACUUUUCUAUAAAAUGGUGCUUUAUGGUUAGGUAAAGAUAGAGAUAUUGAGUUUUAGUGCACUACAUUAAUUAAGCAACUGUUAAUGGUGCGAUUGAAAUCAUUUGUCUUUAAUAUACUCUAUUAAUUAAAAAAGGCUACUGGUACUAAUAUGUUAUAUAUAGUUUUAGUGUACUGCAUUAAUUGAGUUAUAUACGGCAAAUCUUAGUGCAUUACUCCACUCUAUUUCGUGUGGAAAGAAGAGGCUUCCGGCUGGCUUUAUAUAUCUGAGCUGUAUCUUCAGACCUUCUGCACUCUCUUUCUAUCACCAGCAGUACCUUCUGAAGAGCGCUAGGUGCGUGCUUGCUAUGGAGAACGGCAACGCCUUCCUUUCUGGCGUCGGCAGGGACACUUUGCCCCAGGAUUUCCCCGCCGGGAUGAGGGUCCUCGUGGUGGAGGACGACCCGAACGACCUCGAGCACUUGACGCAAAUCCUCGAGAGGUGCGGCUACAAAGUGACGGCGAAAGCGUCGCCGAGAGAAGCGCUGAAAGAGGUGGAGGAGAAUGGAGAGGGCUUCCACUUCGACAUCAUCAUGACCGUCGUGCACGGUGGCGAAGAAGGAGAUGGAUUCGAUGGCUUCGACCUCCUCGAGCGCGUUCGGGAUCGUUACCCGGUCAUCAUUUUCUCCGCCGACUAUUCCAAGGAGAUGGUGAUGAGGACAAUCAAUGAAGGCGCCUGCGACUUCUUGCCAAAGCCUAUGUGCUACCAGGAGGUGCGCAAUAUAUGGUUCCAUGUCGACAUGCAGAGGGGAUUAGAAGUGGACGACCCCGACGAGGGGGUAGAAGGACCUAGCAACCAUGAGAAUCCCCCUGAGAUCAAAUAGCUCGGGAGACAUCUAUGACUUCCGCUCGAUGAAUAAAGGUGGCACCAUUGUUUGCUCGGCAACCAGCUCUGGCGACCUCUGGCAUUGAAGUCUUAGGCACUCGGGGCAAGCUUCUGCUUCUGUAGUAGCUACAAAAUUACUUCCAUCAUGUAAUAAAAAAAAUCGGCAAACUCUUGUUUGUGAUUCUUGCCAAUUUGGACGACAACCCUACCUGCGUAUUGAUUCUUCCUUUUUUUUACUACUACCCCUCCAAAAAAUACAUUAUGAUUUGUGAAAUUUUCCCAUUGUAUUUUCCCUUUUUACGAA